CGUCCGUGCGGCGGGGUAAGAGCGAAGGUCAUCGAGAGCUCUUCUUAGCCGGUAUUGGCCGGUAUUGGCCGAGGAGCCCGUGUCAGGCGGGUAAGAGCCGCGAGGAAAUUCGAAGGCCGGCCGGUAGGCCCGGGCCAUGUACUGCUUGCAAUGGCUCAUUCCGGUGCUGCUGAUUCCCAAGCCCGUGAAUCUGGCCUUUCUCUCGAAUCACGUGGUGGUCAUGGUGCUGUACCUGAUCGGUUUCUUUCUCGAGCGAAAGCCCUGCACCAUGUGUAGCUUGGUCUUCCUCACUAUCCUCAUCCUCAUCUCUAACUCGGGCGACGACCUCGACCACUCAACCCACGCCCCGUCCCAUUCGACCCUUGAGGCUCACACGCACGGCGCAGGUGGUGCCACCGGCCCCGCCCCCGCCACCCCGGAAAAGUUCUUUUGGUAUGACGCGGCCGUGCAAGCCCUCUCCGGCGCGCACGUGACCGUUGAUGAGCGUUAUUAAUCAUCCCAGCCAUCAACCCCCAUACUACCCACAAUAGCGACAAUCCCUGUCCUCCUAGCCCC